UAUUCAGCUCUUUAGUGUGAAUUAAACUGGUGAAUUUUCUUGUGUGCUAUUUCAUGUUUUAACAGUUUAAUUGCCAUUUCUCCCGCGUAAAUGUCAACAUUGGUAAAAUGUUAAACCAUAUCUGUGUUUAUUUACAUGUUUAACUAAUUACAAAAAGAUUACAAGCCGUAUAAUCUAGUCCGGGUGUCGGAUUACAGUGCAUAGUUUUGAUUAUCAACCGUGUUAUUUAGGUUUGGUUUAGAGAAUAUUCAACUUUAGAUGUUUAAAGUGGAUAGUAAAAAGAGGCAUUUGAAAUUCCAAAUUUCACGGGAGGUAACUCGUAUAAUUAUGUGAUGGCCAAACACGACCUUCAAGACUUCUGGCAUGAGUUGGGGGACAUUGAGAACAGCAAAAACCAUGACGAGGAGGAGGAAACAUCAAAAACACCAGAUGAAGGAGAGCGAGAAGCUGAUUGGCUGAAAGAGGCAGGCUUUGGUUUCCUCGUCAACCAGUUCAAUGCUGGCAAGGAGCUAUCGGAGGAUGAAGUUCGUGGUCUCACAGAGUCAUUGCCCCGAAGUCACAAGGAGGUGGUUAAACGACGGGUCGACACGCUGAACGCAACGCUCCGGAAGAAACAGAAGUACACAACCAAGAUCGAUGUGCGUAACAUCUUCCCUAAACAAGAACCGGUCCGAUCAGAUCAUGGCAAAACUGAGGACCCUCAGCGUAGAGAACGUCCCUCAACUUUACCACGAGGGUUGAAACUCGGUGCUAACGGCGACACGUCAACAUUGUACAUUAAAAAGGAAAUCAUGCCUUUUCUGAUGCCAACAACCCCUGAACUUUAUGUAGGCACUUCAUCUAAUCCAUUUUACUUUGGCUGGCCUAAGCAUCUAAGCAAGCCUAAAAACCCUGAUAGUUCAAGGCUAAAUAAGUCUAACGAUGAUAUCGAUAAGAUUGCUGCCUCAGAAGUUGGUCAAAACUUAACAAAAUCAAAAUCUGAUGACAUUCUUAAAGAAAGAGCAAAAUCUGAACAUUCAGAAGAAGAUUUUCAUCACUUUGACCAUUCUAGAAUGUCAAAGGUCAAGCACAGAAUUGCAAGUUCAAGGUCAAUUCAUCCACACAGUAACCCUGUUGAAUCAGGCUAUUCAUCCAAUUGUGAAAGUAAUGAUUCCUUAGAUGAUUCAGUUAUUCUAACCCAACAAAAGCCAUCUGAAAAAAAAUUGGAUCCAACAUUUGAAGUUGAUGCCCAUAAUAAAGGUCAAGGUCAACAAAGGUCAAAGGACUUGCAAAGUUCACAAGAUACCAAUGGUAUUGGUCACAGUCAAGGUCAACAAAAGUCAAAUGACCUUCACAGCUCACAACAUGCCCUUUAUAAAGGUCAAAGUCAAGGUCAGCUAAGAUCAAGUGACAACCUUCACCCUUGGCAAGAUACUUAUGAUAAAGGUCACAGUCAAGGUCAACAGAAAUCACCAGAUAGCAUUCACCAGAGUGUACAAAUGGCAGAAGUUGAUAGUGUAGAAACAGCAUUGAAAGUGAGAUCAAAGUCAAGGCCAUUGUCAAAUCAGGUUCCAAGAAGUCCAACCUCCCCGCGGGGUGAGGUGGUACAUCCCGAAUGGGCAGCAAUUAGAGCAGAGAAGGGUCGCCAGGGGGCAAAGAAGGGAGUUUACUCUAUGACAGGGGUUACUGAGGAGUUGCAAGAUAAUGUUGAAUUGGGGGUUGAGAUGUUGAGUGUUCAUCAGAAGAACGCCUCUCAACUGUCACCAUUAUCAGAUGGCGACAUUACGUUUGAGUUCAGUAUCACAGAGAAUGGCGGAGAUUCCAGUCCACUACGUGGGGAACCAGUCAUAUCCCAAUUUCUGAAGUCCGAGGCUGAUCUACCGAAUUUUUCCAUGGUGGCUGAUCCACUGGGUCUGACAUCUAUAGAUGACAUCAGUGAGGAGGAUGUUACCUACGUGAGAAACCUCGCCUUUCUAGAACUGACGUCCAUGUUCGACACACACAAUAUUGCAUUCAGCAGGAGAAGGUCAAAGAAAAAAUACAAUGAACAUGGAAUUUUUGGUGUACCUCUUCAACUGUUGUUGGAGCAUGAUCAGAAACUAUCCCCCAACACUCCUCACAUACCUAUAGUCUUUCAGGAGAUACUUCACUACCUACACAAGAAUUGUUUAGAGGCAGAGGGCAUUCUAAGAAUUCCUGGUUCUUCUAGUCGUAUUAAAACCCUUCGCCAGGAAAUAGAAGAAAGAUUCUAUCAGGGGACCUUUGUGGGCCAAGAUUUGACCCCUAACGAUGUGGCGGCCCUUAUGAAGCAGUUCUUGAGAGACUUACCUGUGCCACUUCUAACAGAAGAAUACAUCGAAGCAUUUGCUCAGGUGGAAAACUUGCCCGACAAAAAGCAGCAACUUCACGCUCUUAAUCUGCUGGUACUUCUUCUACCAGAUGUACACAGAGAUACCCUUGGUGCACUAUUAGAUCUGUUGAUCAAAAUUGUUGAAAACAGCGCAAAGAAUAAAAUGAGUUUAAACAACGUUUCCAUGAUUAUGGCCCCAAACUUAUUUCUGGCCCCUAAAAUCCGCCGAUUAAAUCCGAGCAAGGGAAAGGAUGCAAUGGAUUUGGAAAUCAAAAUGGCAGCCGGGACAUCGAACAUCAUGAGGAUGUUAAUACGUUACAAGCAUAUAUUAUGGACGAUUCCGUCAUACUUGAUGUCAUUGGUCAGAAGACAUUAUGAGUCGGAGCAAGUGAAAAAACUGAAGGAAAAACCAAAAAUGAAAUUCCUGCAGAAAAAGGACAAAACAGAUGUCUACAAGAAACCAGCCGUAAAACACGAGACUGACUUCCAGGAGGGAGUGAUCCGUGUCCAGGCGCCCAAACUGUCUCUUGCAAGCACCAAAGUACAGCUGGAUCUCAGCACCACAGCUGGUGAUAUUGUCUCACGGUUCUGUUUUCAAAACGAGUCAGCUGAUUCCAGACCCACCUCCAAGAACAUCAGUAAUAGUCAUACAUCUCGGGUCUUUCAUGCUGCGGACAAGAACACCUUUCUGUUUGAAGUUGGGGGAAACAUUGGCGAGCGAUGCCUCCCAGACAGUACAAACAUGCUAGCGCUGUACAAGGUUAAUCCUAAUGCGGAGUGGAUAAUUAAGCAUAAAGACAGAGUCAAGGUCACCUGAGAUCAUUUCGGGGAUGAGGUCAAGGACGGAUAUUCUAUGUUGUAUUUAGUUAAUCGAAAUGUAUUCAGUGAUGAUAUGACUUGAAUUAUACCUGUGGCUAGUUGCCAUUUUUCAUAAAGGAAAAAAAGUUGAAAAAAAUAGACUAGGUAGUAAGUGCAAAGAAGUCAGUUGGUUUUGUGAUUGGCCUCGUUAUGUUAAAACUUUAACCUUGACCAUAAUUCAUCAAAUAUUUGACACACUAAUACGAAAAUUGGUACACAGGUUGCAAAUUCUAAUGUGCAUAUAUGUAGCAAGACACAUAGUUCUGGCUUUAAUGAUGGUUGAGCAGUGCCCAUGAUCAAGCAGAAGUAAAAAAACAGACAAGAGCUAGUUAACACUUUGAAAGUGUGUUUGAGAAUGCCUCCAGAGAUAUUUGGAAAGCUUAAAAUUAAUCCACUUCAUGUCACAUAGUACAAACAUUUAUAAUGAACUUUUAUUUUGGUGAACAUUUUUUUUGUCAAAUGAGAAGACAGUAUUUCUCAAAUUUUUGAAAACAUUUAUUUGGUAAAUCAGUAAUCAGCUGAUAUUGAUUUAAAUCAGGUGAACUAGGGCCAAGGUAUUCACUAUUGAACAUUUUGAGUCUGAGUUUGAAGCUGAGACUGAAAAAAAGCAAAAUCUUUAUCUUGUUGUAAAAAUGCUAUUUUAUAAUCAAGGAUGGUAAAAAACACAUUAUCUGUAAAAAAAAUAGUCUGUUUUACAAACAGGCACAGAUAUUUAUAAAAGAACAAAAUAUAUAAUUUUGAAGCAAUUUCAAUUUUCUGAGCCCGAGUAUCCUAGCUUAGACUUAAAAUGUUGAUGAAUACAGACCCAGUAGAUGUGAACAGUAGCUGGCCUACUAAGUGGGUAGUUUAUAGAACAGUAUGUAGACCACUAAAAACUUAAUGGUUGUUAGUAUGUGCUUACACAUUAAAUGGUACAUACUAACAUCCUUUAAGCAUUACUUAGUCAUCCAUUUAAGUCAUGUGCAUCAUAUGAUAUGAUAAUAAAUCAAAUAAGAUAAUAAGUGUGACCGUAUUGGCAAGUCAAACAAAAAUACCAAUCAUUAUUUUGGAACUGUCAGAUUUUUGUUGUGUUUAUUGUAACACUCACUGCCUGUGUUGUGAAAUUGUUAGAAUGAUAUAAAUUUAUAGUCAUAAAACUUUUGCUGUUAUAUUGUCUGAUCUGAUAUGUAUUUUGAAUAUGAACUUUUUGGGGCAAUUUUUUCAGUAGUCAUGGUAACAGUUUCAAACACAUACAUAAAUGGCUUUUUUUAUUAAAUGGAUUUCGAUUUCUGCAAAGGUAUGCUCAGUUAUGAUAAGUUAAAGAAGGAAAGGUGUAUUAUAUCUGUGCUAUGGGAAAUUUUAAGUGCUUGAUAGCUUUUAUGGCUGAUUUCUGUGUAAAUUUUUCAAUUUUGUGAAGGUUUCAUUUCACGAUUUUUCAAGAAUAAAUCAGGUAGAAAAAUUUAACUCUACUCUUACUUUUGAAUGAGUAGAUGAUGCUGUUACAAAUUUCAAAUGCAAAAAAUGAAUACCAAAAUUAGCGAAAAAGGACCUUUCAAAAUUCAAGCGAUCUUUAUAUAGUAAUUGUUAUGUACAUGUCUUAAAAUAACAUGUAUAAAUUAAUAUGUGUAGACUGUACAAUAUAUAUAAGCUUUUGUUAUAGUGUCAAUAAAAUGUUUAUAUGAAUGUUAUAUAUUUUACAUAUAAUUGUAAUUUAUAAGUUAUAACUUGUGCUAAAAAUAAGGACUAUACUUCCAUUAAUCAAUACAUUCUGCAAGAACAAUGUCAAAAACAUAUGCCAAACUUAACAAACUAUCUACUUCUAGUUCUAAUAAAUAUAAAAAUAAAAUAUUUCAAAGUGAUUUUUUUUUUUGUUUCCUCUUUCUAUUUUUCAAAGUACUGUCUGACAGGUUGAAUAUUUCACAUUAAGUUCCCUAAUGAAUAUAGCUUUGGCCUUAUUGUUUGAAAGUUGAAUAUUUUCACUCUAAAGUUCCUUAGGUUUGAUGAAUAUAGCUUUAAUUGGCCUUAUUGUUUGAAAGUUGAAUAUUUUCACUCUUAAAGUUCCUUGAUGAAUAUAGCUUUAAUUGGCCUUAUUGUUUGAAAGUUGAAUAUUUUCACUCUUAAAGUUCCUUGAUGAAUAUAGCUUUAAUUGGCCUUAUUGUUUGAAAGUUGAAUAUUUUCACUCUUAAAGUUCCUUGAUGAAUAAAGCUUUGGCCUUAUUGCUUUAACGUUGAAUAUUUUACUUAAAUAAAACCAUGCUUAUCAUCACAUCUCAUGAAUCAUGAAGUUGUGAUGUUGUGAUUUGUCAUCAAUAUUGUUACAAUUAGUAUGUAUUAAAAUAUUAAUCUGGAUUUAAAAAAUUAAGAAUAUUUUUCUGGGAGUUGAGAAGAAGUUAAUUUGCAGUUCGAUUUAGUGUUAUAGUGAAAAAGUGAGUUUUGAUAGAUUGUUUUUUUCCCAACUGUAUUUCUCGGAGGGAUGAAAAUUUUAAGUCUUUAGUAGACACAAAGGUGUUGAAUUGAUGAAAACUAAAAUGAUGUUAAUAUUAUUAUGAAUGCAGUUUUUGUCUAUUUAAAUAUCAACAUGACUUAUGCCAUGAUAUUCUUGCUGGCAUCGCAACAUGUAUGUCAAAUUUUAAUCAGCUGUAUUGUCAGAAAUGCAGGAAAUGCCUGUGGAUAAUAAAUCAUAUAAAUGCUG